AUGUCAGACGUCAAGGUCAACCCAGACUCGGCUCCCGUCGGGACAUUCGGCGUUCACAAGGAAAACGCGAUCGCAAUCAGAAAAUCGCUCGCACCAAGAUAUGAUGUCGUUCAUAAUUGCACAGAUCCGGAUGCAGCAUUCACGGAGCUUCCGGCACUCUUCUCUGGCGAUCAGUCUGUGAGGCCGUCGAACGGGAUUGGCAGCAACAGCGAAGGUAGCAACAUCCGCAUCCCGAAGAUCAUGAUUUGUGGAGGCGAUGUCCCUCCAGAGCAAAAGCAGAGACUGUACGCGCUCAUUAAGGAGAAGGCAGACGGGGUCAAGUUCGUCGAGGUUGAUCGGGAGAAGAUGGUUGCUGGUAUCAAGAGCGGUCGUCCAGUCCCUGAAGUUGUUACCGAGCUACUACUGGAAGAGCUUGACAAGCUAAAAUGA